ACACACCUUGCUUGUUAGGUUAAAUGAUUAACCCAACAGAUAAAAAGAAAGACGAAAGAGACAGAGUGCAACAGUUAAGACAGGAAGGGGGAAGGGAGGGAGUAGAGGGAAAGAAAAGAAAAAAACAAAGGAAAGGAGAGAAAGGAGAGGAAAGUGAGUGCUGUGUCAAUCCUCUUUUACUGCACUGGAAAAGCUCAAGAUGGAAGAAGACAGCAGACGAGUGGGGAAGAUCGAGCUCAACGAUGGGAGACUCAUGCCUCUGCUGGGACUGGGGACAUGGAAGGGAUCGGUUUCUGCUGCGAUGUGCCAAGCUGCUGCAGAGGCUGCCAUUGCUGCUGGUUACCGUCACCUGGAUACGGCCUUCAGCUACCAAAACGAAGUAGAACUGGGCAAAGCCAUCCAGAACAAGAUCAAACAAGGCAUCAUCUGCCGUGAGAACAUGUUCAUCACCAGUAAGCUGUGUAAUACACACCAUGCCCCCAGCGACAUCCCUCUCUGCCUUAACAAGUCUCUGAGUGAUCUACAGAUGGACUAUGUGGACCUGUACCUGGUGCACUUUCCUGUGGCACUGAAGAGGGUGGAUGAUGACAUCUUCCCCAUGAAGGAUGGAAACGUGCUCACAGCUGAUAUUGACUACAUGGACGUGUGGAAGGGGAUGGAAGCUCUGCAAGUGUCUGGGAAAGCGAGGAGCAUCGGCGUGUCUAACUUCAAUGCUCUGCAGCUGGAGAGGCUGCUGUCUGUGGCGAAGGUGACUCCUGCAGUCAAUCAGGUGGAGCUCCACCCGUACCUGGUGCAAACGGACCUUAUUGAGUACUGCCAAUCAAAGGGCAUCGCCCUCACCGCCUUCAGCCCCUUCGGAAGUCCUGGCAGGCCACAGAACCUUCACCGUGGAAACACUGACCCUGAAAAGCUGCUGGAGGAUCCCGUAGUUGUGGACAUUGCAAAGAAGCACAGAAGAACCCCUGCACAGGUACUGCUUCGGUACCACGUGCAGCAGGGUAUCUGUGUCAUCCCGAAGAGCACGAAGCCCAACCACAUCCUGGAGAACACCAAGAUCUUUGAUUUCUCUCUGGAGGAAGAGGACAUGAGCUCACUGAGAGGACUGAACAGAGGGUGGAGGGCCGAUGUCUCAGAUGAGUUGAAGGCUCAUCCAUUCUAUCCUUUUGACUGAGAUCUGCUGAGGACUUGCCCAUGACAUCUGCAGGAUGCUUUGCCUUUUCCACUAUCAGAUUUGUAUUAAAUCAGACUGAUUUACCCUAUGUGUGAAUUGUUUACAUGCAUUGUGACUAUAAAACUGUGAAUGUGAAUUCUACUGAAAUUUGCUGUUAAAGAAUCUCAGGCUUAAACAAA